AGUCGCACACGCAGCAGCGCGCGAGGUGACCGCCUUUGAAGUACGGCGACGCACACUAACCGCAUUUCCGUGUUAGAGCCGCGACCGCUUUCGCUUUACGAACAGUUUCCGUGCAAACGAUCCGUGUUUUCAAAUCAGAUCAAUCGAACUCAGUGGAUGGCUGUCGAGCUUGAGACGGGAGAGUGGCGUUUUUGGGACGCCAGAGUGAUGUCUUAUCGCAAUUAAGGGACAUAAUUUAAAAUGAUGGCGUUCAAAUGUUUAACGCCAUUACAUCGACUGUUAUCAAUAACAAUCAUCGCCGCCGUUCUCUCUUCGUGCUACUGCGACCCAGAGGUUUACUACGAGAAACAGCGGUACGAUGGAUGGUUUAAUAACAGAGCGUAUCCAGAUUGGGGAUCGGUUGGCAGUCGAUUGAAUCGUAAAACUCCAGCGUCAUACGCUGACGGCGUUUAUAUGAUGGCCGGUCCUGAGAGACCUGGUGCCAGGACCCUUUCGAAGAUCUUCAUGAGGGGUCAGGAUGGACUGCCCUCACUAACGAAUAGAACAGCGCUACUUGCAUUCUUCGGGCAAGUGGUGACGGGCGAGAUUGUAAUGGCCUCAGAGUCCGGAUGUCCUAUCGAGCAUCAUCGUAUACCGGUCGAUAAAUGCGAUCAUAUGUACGACUCGGAAUGUCAAGGUGCCAAGUAUAUGCCCUUUUUGCGAGCUGCGUACGACCGCAAUACUGGACAGAGUCCCAACAGCCCCCGGGAACAAAUAAAUCAGAUGACUUCGUGGAUUGACGGGAGCUUCGUGUACAGCACGAGUGAGGCAUGGGUGAAUGCAAUGAGGUCAUUUCAGAACGGAAGUUUCGCCAGCGACGGAGGGAUGCCACUACGGAACACAAAGAGGGUACCGCUUUUCAACAACCCCGUGCCGCAUUACAUGAGGAUGCUUAGCCCAGAAAGGCUAUUUUUACUAGGAGAUCCACGUACCAAUCAAAAUCCAGCAAUGGUGAGCUUCGGCAUACUGCUGUUCCGCUGGCACAACGUCGUCGCAGCCCGAGUACACAAACAGCAUCCGGACUGGAGCGACGAACAACUGUUCCAGAGAGCGCGGAGGAUUGUCAUAGCCAGUUUGCAAAACAUCAUUUUGUAUGAAUACGUGCCAGCGUUCCUCGGAGCAGCGCUUCCGCCUUACGAAGGUUACAAGCCGGAAGUAGCUCCGGGAGUGACCCACGAGUUCGCCGUAGCAGCAUUUAGAUUCGGCCAUACAUUAGUGCCACCAGCUAUUCUACUUAGAAAUAGGAAAUGCGGUUACGGCAGAGCGCCGGGAGGACAUGACGCUAUUAGAUUGUGUCAGACAUGGUGGGACGGAAAUGACGUUAUGUCUCAAGUUCCACUAGAAGAAGUUUUGAUGGGGAUGGCCUCACAACUAUCCGAGAGAGAGGACGCUCUACUGUGUUCCGAUGUACGAGAUAAUUUGUUCGGUCCCAUGGAAUUUUCUAGACGAGACCUUGGCGCUUUGAAUAUAAUGAGAGGAAGGGACAAUGGUGUUCCAGAUUAUAAUACAGUUAGGGAAUACUUCGGCCUACGAAAAAUAAAGACAUUCAACGAAAUAAAUCCUGAUCUGUUCGAGAAAAAUCCUGAUCUAUUACAAAAAUUUAUCCAAAUUUACAACGGAGACGUCGAUAAUAUAGAUGUGUAUAUCGGUGGGAUGCUGGAGUCUAAUGGACAUCCGGGUGAAUUGUUUAGAGCCAUUAUAAUAGAUCAAUUUACAAGAAUACGAGAUUCUGAUCGAUUUUGGUUCGAAAAUGACAAGAACGGUAUAUUCACUCCUCGAGAUAUAGAAGAGCUUCGUCGUAUAACUCUGUGGGAUAUAAUAGUGAACAGUACAACAAUAGGUGCCAAAGAUAUACAAAGGGACGUGUUCCAUUGGCGAGCGGGUGAUCCGUGUCCACAACCAUACCAACUGAACGCUUCCAAGCUUCCACCCUGCAAAUAUUUGAAGGGCUACGAUUAUUUUGAGGGAAACGAAUUCGCCUACAUCUACAUCUGUUUGAUAUUAGUGUUCGUUCCCAUAUUAUGCGCCGGAGCUGGUUACGGGGUUGUGAAGCUACAGAACAGUCGCAGACGGCGUUUGAAGAUUCAGCAAGAACACCUUAAAAAUGCUCAAUGUAAAGGUUCAGUCGAUAAAAUGGUCUGUCGAGAAUGGGUCCACGCGUCACACAAGAGACUUGUAAAGCUACGGCUUGGUCCAGAAUCAGCCUUGCACGUGACAGAUCGUAAGGGAGAAAAACUACGGACGCUGCCGUUGGAUCACACUGAUCAACUUACCGUAGUUGAAAGUCAGGAAGGUCGGAACAACAAACGUCCCCUCGUCCUCGUACGAGUCCCUCGGGAACAUGACUUAGUGCUUGAAAUGGACUCCAUCGCAUCUCGGCGCAAGUUUUUAGUCAAACUCGACACUUUCCUGGCGCAGCACAAGAAAGCGUUGAAUCUUACUCAGGGACCGCGUGAACAAAUUUUGGCUACAGCUGAAACAAGGGAGCGUCGACAACGCAAGUUAGAACAUUUCUUCAGAGAAGCCUACGCUAUAACAUUCGGCCUCGCGCCUGGAGAGAAGCGGAGGAGGUCUGAAGAUGCCGAUCCUGAGUCAAUAGUUAUGAGAACGUCACUAUCGAAAAGUGAAUUUGCUAGUGCACUUGGUAUGAAAGGAGACGCAGUCUUCGUCAAAAAAAUGUUCAAUAUCGUCGACAAAGAUGGCGACGGCAGGAUUUCUUUUCAGGAGUUCCUUGAUACUGUAGUUCUAUUCUCUCGAGGAGCUACUGAGGAUAAGCUUCGUAUAAUAUUUGAUAUGUGCGACAACGAUAGAAACGGUGUUAUCGAUAAAGGCGAACUGAGCGAGAUGCUGAGGUCGCUCGUGGAAAUAGCAAGAACUACCUCACUGAGAGAUGAACAUGUCACUGAGCUGAUUGACGGAAUGUUUUCUGAUGCCGGACUUCAACACAAAGACCAUUUGACCUACUCCGAUUUCAAGCUGAUGAUGAAAGAAUACAAAGGAGAGUUCGUGGCCAUAGGUCUGGAUUGUAAAGGCGCUAAGCAAAAUUUCCUCGACACAUCAACGAACGUUGCAAGAAUGACCAGCUUCCAUAUUGAGCCUUCGAUGGAACAGACCAGGCACUGGCUACUAUUAAAAUGGGAUACCUUAACAACAUUCUUGGAAGAAAACAGGCAAAAUAUAUUUUAUCUUUUCAUUUUCUACGUUGUGACCAUAGGCCUGUUUGUAGAAAGGUUCGCCCACUAUUCGUUUAUGUCGGAACAUCUAGACUUGCGUCAUAUUAUGGGAGUCGGUAUCGCCAUCACCAGAGGAUCGGCCGCCUCGCUAUCUUUCUGCUAUAGUCUACUGUUAUUGACGAUGUCCAGGAAUCUUUUAACGAAAUUGAAGGAAUUCAGUAUCCAACAAUACAUACCUCUGGACUCGAGCAUCCAGUUUCACAAGAUCGUGGCCUGUACGGCUCUAUUCUUUUCCUUGCUGCACACCGCCGGUCAUAUGGUCAACUUCUACCACGUGUCCACACAGCCCGUCGAGAACCUUCGAUGUUUGACCAAAGAAGUACAUUUCACAUCCGACUUCAGGCCCGGCAUUACCUACUGGGUAUUCCAGACUGUUACUGGUGUAAGUGGGGUGCUGUUAUUCGUGAUCAUGUGUAUAAUAUUCGUAUUUGCACAUCCCGUGAUCCGUAAACGCGCGUAUCCAUGGUUUUGGCGCGCUCACUCGCUGCACGUCGCGCUCUACGCGCUGUGCUUAGUCCACGGACUCGCUCGCCUUACCGGAGCCCCUAGGUUCUGGAUAUUCUUCCUUGGACCGGCUAUCAUAUACACUCUGGAUAAGGUGGUGUCCUUGAGAACGGAGUACCUUGCUUUAGACGUUUUAGAAACGGAGAUGUUACCAUCAGACGUUAUAAAGAUUAAGUUCUACCGACCCCCUAACCUAAAAUAUCUAUCAGGUCAAUGGGUUCGUUUGUCGUGUACAGCGUUUAAGAAGGAGGAGUUCCAUUCGUUUACACUCACAUCAGCACCGCACGAGAACUUCCUCUCGUGUCACAUCAAAGCACAAGGACCGUGGACUUGGAAACUAAGAAACUACUUCGACCCUUGCAAUUAUAAUACAGACGAUCAUCCUAAAAUCAGAAUACAAGGUCCGUUCGGUGGCGGGAACCAGGACUGGUACAAGUUCGAGGUGGCCGUGAUGGUGGGCGGAGGCAUCGGCGUCACUCCCUACGCCUCCAUACUUAACGACCUCGUAUUCGGAACAUCCACGAACAGAUAUUCUGGGGUUGCUUGUAAAAAGGUAUAUUUUCUAUGGAUAUGUCCAUCGCACAAACACUUCGAAUGGUUCAUAGACGUUCUCCGCGACGUCGAGCGGAAAGACGUGACUAACGUACUGGAAAUCCACAUCUUCAUAACGCAAUUCUUCCACAAGUUCGAUCUGAGGACGACCAUGCUGUACAUAUGCGAGAAUCAUUUCCAACGUCUGUCUCGGACGUCGAUGUUCACGGGACUGAAGGCGGUCAACCACUUCGGCCGACCAGACAUGUCCUCCUUCCUCAAGUUCGUACAGAAGAAACAUAGUUACGUGUCAAAGAUCGGUGUGUUUUCGUGUGGGCCCCGACCACUCACCAAGUCGGUGAUGUCAGCUUGCGAAGAAGUAAACAGGACCAGGCGUCUGCCUUACUUCAUACAUCACUUUGAAAACUUUGGAUAAAAUAUUACACAGACGGCGUGCUGCAGCAAAGGAUGAAACAAGCAUAAAACUUAUAGAUUCUGAUAUUAAAAAUAUUUCGUCUCAUCAACUAUUUUACAGGUUUUGAAGUGAAUCUGCAAAACAAAACUUUUUUUUAGGCUUACUCAGGAAGUCACUGAUUGAGUAAUUAUUGAGCUUAUAGUACAAAAAGUGGCAAACAACUUUUACCUUGCUACUUUAUAGAUAUUAUGUACUUAAUUUAUAACGCUUAAAUUUUUAUUUGAGAAGAAUUAUUCGAAUCACCAGCACAUUAAAAGUCUUGUCUAAAACAAAAACGUUCGAGUAUUAUGCUGACAUGAAAAUUUAAUUAAUUAUAAUUUGAUUUAUCUAAUCGAUUCACGUCACUAAGUGACAGACAUAGCUUUUUUCAUAUAUUACAAGUCAAAUUUAAACAUUAUGAACUAUGUAAAGAUUUAUAUUAUUUUUUUGUAAUUUAUUAUUUUAUUAUGUUAACGUCCUUGCUUCUCUGUGAAACUAAACCUACGCUUUCUCUUUUGUUUUUGUAUGUAUUCUUCUAAACACAUAACCAAGAAAUGAACCAGUACAAAUAAGCAUCUCAUUGUACAAAUAUUUAUGUAAAUUAAAACUAUUGUACUCGUUUCAAUCAUCCAUUAGUAUUAAAUCGUCAAUGUAUAUAGUGUACAAAUUUAAAUUGAAUUGGCUAAUAGAUGUAAGCUUUGUAAUAAAUAGUUAUGUAAAUAAAAUUAUUUAUACCCAAUUAAAGAUUUUUAUUCA